AUGUAGAAGUAAGUUGAAUCUGGUUAAAUUUGCAUUCUUAAAACUAAAUAAAUCUUAAUUCUUUUUCUCUAUUAAAGAUGUUAAUAACAACCGUGUUUAUAAAGUGUAAGUAACUAACUGUAAUGUUUUUAAAGUUAACCUCAAUAGUUUCCUACAUUUUAAAUAAAUUGUUAAAAAAUACUCUAACUGGACCAAAGUAAACAUAAUUUUUAUCUCCUUCUCCUUCUUAUUUUUCUUUUUCUUCUUCUUUAUAUUUUUCUUAUUCAUUUUAUUCUUCUUUCUCUGUAACUUUUUCAUUUCGUACUUCUUUAUUUUUAUCAUUAUCUUAUGGAGGUUAAUCUUUAUUUUCAACUUCAAUGUUUUAUUAAAAAAUUCUAUUUUUCAUUCUAUUUAAUUAUUUGA